AUGAGUAGUUUGUGUUUACAAAGGUUACAAGAGGAGAGAAAGAAGUGGCGGAAAGACCAUCCCUUUGGAUUCUAUGCGAAGCCUACCAAGGGACCUGAUGGUACUUUGAAUUUGCAGAAAUGGGAGGCUGGGAUACCAGGUAAAGAAGGCACCAUAUGGCAGGAUGGUGUGUUUCCUAUCACGGUUGAGUACCCUGAUGAGUACCCAUCUAAACCACCAAAGGUGAAGUUCCCAGCUGGGUUCUACCACCCCAACAUAUAUCCAAGUGGAACUGUUUGCUUGAGUAUUUUGAAUGAGGACCAAGACUGGAGACCGGCUAUAACUUUGAAACAGAUUGUGCUUGGUGUGCAGGAUCUUCUCGAUUCACCUAAUCCAAACUCGCCAGCACAAGAACCAGCUUGGAGGGCAUUCUCUAAGAAUAAAGCAGAGUAUGAGAAGAAGGUACUCAUACAAGCAAAACAAUACACUAAGUGA